AGCCAUGACAACAAAAAAAAAAUUGAGGACAAAAAUCCAAAAUCAAUGUCAAAUGAAUUUUUAACACAUAUUUCAUAAUCCAAACGAUUACUUGACUAUAUUUUUAUUUCUUUAGUGAGAAGUUAGUUAUAAUCAAUUCACCAUGCCUGUAAUGAAGCGUAUGAAGGGGUUGCCCAAGGAUCUCUUGGCUGCCGAAGGUCUCAUGUACCAUGACUGGUAUGCCAUUACUCCGUGCCAGAGAGCUUGUACUACCAGGUUCGGAAUUGCCAUACAACGAGAACAGGAGUCGUAUGUGAGCAAACACCCUGAGAUUUUAGCUCUAUUGAAGAUAUUCAUAGCGAAAAUGACUCAACGGGGAAAACGCAAGGAUUUCGAGAGAGAAGCUGCCGAGAAUUUCACCAGACCUUGGGCUGAGCUGGACGAGGAAAUCAGAACUUUUCUGGAAUCACCAGAGGAUGGGCCUUAUGUUAAUAUGGAUGAUAGAGAAUUCUACGAAUUCGACGACGAAGACUUUCAGAAAGACUUGAAGAAGAUCUACGAGAAAUACUACCCCCCAGAGCCCUGGUCCCUUACGUCUCCUGAGAAGAGCCGCUCCAAUACUCUGUCCUCUUCAUUCAUCUCCAUACAAACUUCUGAGUUAACUCUGCCAACUCCUGAACCUAUACCGACUCCUGAGCCAACAAUCUCGGAGGUGUUCUACACACUGAUAUCGAACACCGUCGAUAAAGUCAUCUACGUACAAAUUGAUGAAAACGCUCUUCUCUACGAUACGGCGUACGUGGAACUCAUGAGGGCUGUCGAAGAAGCAAUGGAGAUCCCCGUCCGGGAAAUACGCGCUGAUAUAGCAGCCCUGUUCAAUAGUGCUUACCACAUGUUCGAAAUUGAUAUCAUGGAGAAGGAGAGAUUUGCUGCUGAAAUCGCAUGGGAAAAACGAAUGAGGAAGAAAUUGAAAAAGACAUUAAGGCGUCAAAAGAACUUUAAAGGAUAUGAAACGCCGCCUACACCGAAGAGUGAAAUUUCAUCACACGAGAGCUAUAAGAGGCCUCUCCCGCGGCUAUGCGAGUGCCAUCCAUUGGCCAAGUACAAUCGAUAUGGAAAGGACCGCUUCGGCAUCUACUUACCGCGCCAAGAAGAAUUCAGCAAAUCUAAUAUAACUACCACUCCGGCUUGUUCAGCUACAGGAACAGGGGAAGGGAAUGAAGAGAAAGUUGAUGCCAGAUCUGUUACCAGUAAAAAAUCUACACAAACUUCGAAAAGUGGUACCUCUUCGAGGCGGGGAAGGGCUGCUCCAACUGAAUCAGAUGGAGAGACUGAGUAAAUCUUUCCUAUAGGACAAAUAAUAAGGUCCAGUUGCACCUUUACAAUAUAAUUCAAAAUUCCAAUUUUUUUAAGCAAGUUUGGCUCUAGCAGUGUUUAGUAAGGUGCAAUGUGACCACAAAAUUUUACUGCUAAUAUAAAAACUGAAACACCUAUCUUUAUAACAAGCAUGUUUUAACUAUUUAUUUUUAAUUACAUAAUUACUGACAAUAAUAAAUUCUAUUAAUUUCUA